AUGGCGGCAAAGAAGUCUCAGCAACAGACGCUUCGGAGUUCACCUCUCUGGAAGACUACAUCUGUUCCGCAUACCCAAGGAUCCUCAAAAGCCCACGACCAGGCCACAAUUGUCGGCGCCUCCUACUCUCAUGCGGAUAUCCUAAAAGGCAUGUCCCAACAGUAUCCACGCCCACGAACACCCCCGCGACCCUCGUCCACCAAUUCACACAAUAUCUCGCCAUCAGCUCAUCGCUCUAGCCCAUGGGUCGCCUCGCCUCGUGCGUCGUAUUCGGGCAUCAUGAACCAAGAAAUCGAAUCGUGGAGUCGAAGCUCUUUAGGAGACGACGACGACGACGACGAUGAUGAAGAGGAAGCGGAUAUUGUCUAUGACGAUGAUGAGGAUGAGUUUGGUCUACCAAGUCUUAGCAGCAUGCGUAAGAAGCAGGCCAAAAAAGCCGACACAGCUCCGCCGAAGCCUAUCAAUCAUGGCGGGGGAUUUGGAAACAAUCCUUCAAUGCUGGGAGUAGCUGCACCCAACCGUCAGCGCGCCAACAGCUCCGAUAUUGCUGAGGAACGGGGCCCCUCCAUGUAUCCGACAGCACGAAAGGGAGAAGGCAAAAUUCUACGACCACAAUACAAGGAAAUCCUGAGAGAUCCUGCAAAUGCCCUAAACCUAAUCAACCAUGCGCCGCCCCCUAAGGAUGCAACACCGAAAGAAAUGGAUAUGUAUUCCAGCCGGAUCUCGAAGAUCAACAAAUUCAAGCGUCUGUUGCAGACCAGCACGGUCCCUCUAACGGAGCUAAGAAACUUAGCGUGGCAAGGUGUGCCUGACGAAGUACGUGCGAUGACAUGGCAGCUUCUGUUGGGAUAUCUUCCCACAAACAGUGAACGACGGAUUUCGACCUUGGAGAGAAAGCGCAAGGAGUAUCUCGAUGGGGUCCGACAAGCCUUUGAACGCAGUUCAACCUCUGCAAACCCUCCAUCGUCCGUCACAGGACGCGGCCGGGGUCUCGAUGAGGCAAUAUGGCAUCAGAUCAGCAUAGACGUGCCUCGUACGAGUCCUCAUAUUCAGCUUUAUAGCUAUGAAGCCACCCAGCGUUCCUUGGAAAGGAUCCUUUAUGUGUGGGCUAUCCGCCAUCCAGCCAGCGGAUAUGUUCAAGGCAUCAAUGAUCUCGUCACUCCUUUCUGGCAAGUGUUUCUGGGGGUAUAUGUGACAGACCUUAAUGUCGAAGAGGGCAUGGAUCCUGGUCAGCUGCCAAGAAGCGUGCUGGACGCCGUCGAAGCGGACUCGUUUUGGUGCCUCACGAAGCUUCUUGAUGGCAUUCAAGACAACUAUAUAUAUGCCCAACCAGGCAUUCAUCGACAGGUUAGGGCCCUUCGCGACCUAACCGCACGAAUUGACGCAAAUCUUGCGAAACAUUUGGAAAGCGAAGGGGUCGAGUUCAUGCAAUUUAGCUUCCGAUGGAUGAACUGCUUGCUCAUGCGGGAAAUGAGCGUCCGGAACACCAUACGGAUGUGGGACACAUAUAUGGCUGAGGAGCAGGGCUUCUCCCGAUUCCAUCUGUAUGUAUGUGCAGCAUUUCUGGUCAAAUGGUCGGACCAGUUGGUGAAGAUGGACUUUCAGAUUGCGAUACUAAGUGCGGCUACCACAGGAAAUCAUGAUGUUCUUGCAAGCGCUCCCAACAAGAGACUGGACUGA